AUGGAGUCGGACGGGUCCAUGACCGUGUUGCUACCAAUGGUGUCCCUGAUGCUCUUGCUCGUCUUUGCUGGUGGCUUGUGGUUCCUCCGCACCCGCAACCAACUGCGAGGUGCAUCGCAGUCCUUCCUCGCCAGGAUGCUCUUACAGGAACAAGAUACAAUGACGAGACUCGAUCUGGAACGGGGGGAAGCGCUGGCGGAGCGCUGGAAGUGCCUGGUGUGUGAGUUUAGUAACGCCGUGGAUCGGCCUACUUGUUUGUUGUGUGGUACGAAGAACGUUAAGCCUCGUCGCACUUCGGACAGAGAAGAUCUGCCCCGACUUAAGCUGUCUAUCGCAGAGAGAGAAGAGCGAGUGAGCUCGGCUGGCUCGGUGACCAUGUUGUCCAGGCCGUCUUUCUCAGCACCCAGGGCUUCAGUGCCUGGUGGAAGCAGCAGACGUUCGUUGAGACCGCUGCGGCUGUCGACGCUGAAUUCUCGGCAGAAAUAUGCGCGACGACGGAAGGAGUGGGUGCGUUGUCUUGGCGAAAAUGGCGAGUCGGCCUUUUGGACCCGAGCCGACGUUGCAUUGGCUUCAAGAAGACUUACAAUGGCUAAUAGCACGACUACAAGCGUAAGAGGGAACCGACGAGUAUCAGUGGGUUUUGUCACGCGGAUGGUGCGUCGGUCUUCUAUCAUGGGAGAUCUUGGCCGUCUCACGUUCGCUGAAGCUUCGCAACUGGAUGCUGCCGAGACCAUUAGCGGGUACAAACUUACGGCGCGCGAGCUCGAGUUGCUGGAUCGUGUCUCGAGACUGCCAUUUCCGAAGAAAUACACGUGGUUUCUUGAGCGCAUGGGAGCGCUGUUGAGACCGUGGGAGGAAGGACGCAUCAAGUUGCGAGUGCAAAGAGAACACAUUCUGGUGGAAAGCAUGGAGCAGUUACUGGGCAUUCAACCCGAGCACAUUCACUUUCCACUUCGAAUUGAGUUCGUAGGUGAAGCAGGAAUUGAUGCUGGAGGGUUGCAACGGGAGUGGUUCUCCAUAUUAUUUGGUCGAUUGCUGGACGAUGAACUCGGGCUCUUUAUGACGUGUCAUCGACACACACAGGCCGUGGCGAUUAACCCGCAGUCAGAAGACUGCACGGCUGAUCAUUUGCUGUAUUUUCGAGGCAUCGGGCGGCUGCUUGGCCGUGCGCUACUCGAAGGACAAACUAUGCAGGCAAAACUGUGUCUGCCUAUUCUUAAGCACUUCCUCGGCACGCCAAUUACGUUUUCGGAUCUGCAGUACGUUGACCCUGACGUGUAUACGAGCAUGGUCUGGAUCCGUGAUAAUGACGGCGUCGACGCCCUAGAGCUCACGUUCAGUGUGACUGAGUUACGAGCAGAUGAUGAAGUUGUGACGGUGGAUUUAGUGCCAGGUGGGCACAACUUGGAUGUGACGGAUGCGAACAAGACCGAGUUCUUGCACCUUAAGCUGCGGUAUCUCAUGUUAGAUCGAUAUGCGCCACAGUUGCAGGCGCUGUCUCUUGGUUUGUUUGAGGUGAUUCCACAGGAGGCUUUACUGGCAUUUGACUACCAGGAGCUGGAGCUUGUGCUAUGUGGACUGCCCGACAUUAACAUGGCUGAUUGGAAGCGCAAUACCGUUGUCGCUCCUAGCUUCAGUGACGCUCCGAUGGUCGUCAAUUGGUUCUGGGAAGUGAUCGAGGACUUUACUGACGACGAGCGAGCACGAUUUUUGCAGUUUUCAACCGGCUCGUCCCGCGUGCCAGUGCAGGGAUUCAAGGGUCUCACGAGCUACGAUGGUCGAAUCUGUUUGUUUUCACUGCGACCGCUGCCAGGACAGACACGAGGUUUUCCUAAGGUGCACACGUGUUUCAACCGGGUAGAGCUGCCGCUGUAUGAAAGUCGAGUCGACAUGGAGACCGCAUUAUAUGCUGUGCUGGAUAUGGAGUGGACAGAGUUUAGCGAAGAAUGA